AUGAACUUUGCUGCACCAUCACUUGGUUCUGUUGGUGGUAGAUCUGCUGCUAGAGCGUUUGAGUUUGGAAGAACCUAUGUAGUCAGGCCUAAAGGUAAACACCAAGCAACCAUAGUUUGGUUGCAUGGCCUCGGGGAUAAUGGCUCCAGUUGGUCCCAGUUAUUAGAGACCCUUCCUCUUCCCAAUAUUAAAUGGAUAUGUCCAACUGCUCCUACUCGACCAAUGUCUGUAUUUGGUGGCUUUCCUUCUACAGCCUGGUUUGAUGUGGAAGAGCUUUCUGAAGACGCUCCCGAUGAUCUUGAAGGUUUGGAUGCUUCAGCCGCACAUGUUGCCAAUUUGUUGUCUACAGAACCCGCAGACAUUAAGCUUGGUGUUGGAGGGUUUAGCAUGGGGGCAGCGACUGCCCUUUACUCUGCAUCCUGCUUUACUGCUGGAAAAUAUGGGAAUGGCAAUGCUUAUCCAGCCAACAUAAGUGCUGUUGUUGGUUUAAGUGGCUGGCUUCCAUGUUCAAAGACUUUGAGUGACAAGUUACAAGGUGUAGAUGAAGCUACAAGGCGUGCUCAGUCUUUUCCCAUUUUGAUGUGUCAUGGAAAAGGUGAUGAUGUGGUUCCAUAUAAGUUUGGUGAGAAAUCGUCGAAAUGCUUAAGUUCUAAUGGAUUUCAGGAUGUAACUUUUAAAGCUUAUAAUGGGCUUGGCCACUACACAAUUCCAGAAGAGACGGAUCAUGUUUGUGCUUGGCUAACAUCAAAACUGGGACUUGAGGGCAAUGCUGCCUAG